AUGGUUUCCACGCGUAGCAAGACUGCGCAAACUCAUCUCGAAGACUUCGCGACAACUAAGAGCACCACUUCGCAAAAGACGCCGAAAAGCAACACCGAAAAGCACAGUGAUGCAGAAACAUCGACGCAACACUCGCCUUCGAAGAAGCGCAAAGCGCCUAUCACUAAAGCAGAGGAUGUGAAGUCUAAAAGAGCCAAGACUAGUGGAGUGAACAACAGCACUCACUCAGCGGAGACAGAAGACACAUCCACUAUCUUGAUCAACCGCGCACCGGUUCUGCAGCUAUGGUCCGCCUGCGUAGCGCAUCACCUCUACCCGUCGCUUCCAUGGUCGACGUGUAUCAGCGCAGGUUCGGCCAUCAGUGCGAUAUGCGCUGUAGCAAAGGGCCGCUCAAUUGGCACAGUACCUGGUGCGGAUGAGUCCGAGGAGAAGAAUCGCAAAAGAGCAGAGGCCAAAAAGAAGCAAGGCGACCUGGAUGAGAUCCACGUGAUGCACUUCAACCUCAAGCUGAAAGAUGGACUCGCAAUCGUUGGCACAGAAGAGAAGGGCAAACCGGCAAACGAAGACGCGUUGACGAAGAAGUUUGGAGACCAAGAAUAUAAGAGGACCAGAAAGUGUUUCGAGGAGGCACUUGCAACGUGGAACGAAAAUGAUGAAGAGCGGUUGGACAAGGAGGCUUUCCAUUUUUAUGAAAUGUUUCGACCGACGGUCAGCAGUGGUCAGAAAGGCUGGGGAAUGAAGGGUGCUUUGAAUUUGGAGACUAUCAAGAAUGUGGUGCAAAACAAAUGA